AUGACAGCUGAUAAAAUGACACCUAUUCACUACACGGAACGGUGGCGGCAAAACUAUCGUAUUAAAGAUCAACUGCUGAGAAAUUUGUUGGCCGAAUUUUAUGCGACUGCAAUCCUCAGGUUUAUUGGAACGGGUGUAUUAGCUCAAUUGAUCCUUAGUCGAGGUACAGCCAACGCUCCUGUACAAGUGAAUCUUGGAUGGGGAUUCGCUAUUUGUUUAUCAGUCUAUUCUGCAUGGAAAACUUCAGGUGGUCAUGUGAAUCCAGCAGUGACAAUUGUUCUGUAUAUUCUUGGAAAAAUCUCACUCGUUCAUUCAUUAUUGUUUGUGGUUGCUCAGACGUUCGGUGCCGCAUUUGGAGCUGGAUUAUCAUACAUAGUAUACUAUGAGGCUAUCAAUAAUUUCGAUGGUGGAAUUCGCGCUUUAGAUGGUGUCAAUGGAACCGGCUUCAUUUUCGCCUCAUUUCCAGCUCCCUAUCUCUCAAACACAGGCGCAUUUAUCGAUCAGAUGGCUGGUACGGGUCUGCUAGGCUUAUUCGUCGCUUUUUUCUGUGAGCAAAGGAAUCAGAUUCCAGUCUAUCUACAACCUGCAAUGUUCGGCGUUGUCGCGACAAUGAUCGGUACUUGCUACAGUAUGAAUAUGGGAUCACCAAUCAAUCCUGCCAGUGAUUUUGGUCCACGUGUAUUUGCAGCAAUGACUGGCUAUGGUGUUGAAAUGUUCACGUUAAUGUUUGGUCUUGGACCAUUCUUCCGUUUAAGCCUUAUAUCUGUCUUUCCAUCUUUCUCAAGACUCUCCCCUCUGAUCGCAUCCCUCGGUUUUGAUUUCAUUGUUCGUGCUGCUGGUUAUCCGAGAUAUCACGAUUACUUCUUCUGGGUACCAGUAGUAGCCCCACUGGUUGGUGCUGUGGUGGGUGCUUAUUCAUAUGUAUUCUUUAUCGGUUUGCACGUGCCUGACCCUGCCGAUACAGAACCGACAAAACAGUAUCUUGAUGGGAACGUGUAUUUGAAGAAACUGGAUGUGGAUGAUAUUCCUUUGAAGCAGAAUGAAGUUUGACUGCUGUGAAAAGUAUCGCUGAAUUCGACAAUGGUUUGCGUGAGAAGAAAUUGUUUCAAUUGAUACAAUAAAACUUGAGUAUAUUUCCGUA